AUGACCCAAAAAAUGGCGGACCCAUCUGGUGCCGCACAAAAUCCAUACUCUUCCUCUCCCGAUUACAUGGACUUGUCUCCCGUCAUACACCACCCUAGCAGUGAUUAUGUCCAUGAGCAGUUUGGCGGUGGUCGUCGAAUUCCGACACCUGCUGCUGAACUUACCCCAAUGAGACUCAGAACCAACAUCAAGGCUACCACUCGUGAUGUUGGUAUCGCAAGACAGGCCAAUAUCUGCCACCAAGUCCACCCAAUACCCUCGCCUCAACCUGUCCAGUCUACUGACCCGCUGCCCUAUCUUGCUAGUGGCGAUGCGUCUUCGCUUACACUGCAUGAGAACAGUCACCACCUUUCUCCCGCACCACCUUCUCUUGUAGAUGGUCAGGGUGGAGCAGCGAGCAGCAAUUCAUCUUCGCUUACGCUCCCAGCGGAUGGAAGCAGCAACUCAUCAUCACUCCCACUCCCACUUCCAAACAGCCGUCACACCUCCCCCUUUUCUGCAGGUGCUGCAAGCAGCCACACAACACGCCACCCCUCACCAUUUGUGGGCGAUCCUGCUUUACAACACCCUGCACAACUCAAUGAUCUUUUUUUCGCGAGCAUGGAGACACAGUCUGGCUGGCCAAGUCAAGAUACUUCCAACGCCUUUGAGUUUAUGGUAGAUAACACAUAUUCUUCUACACUACUCUCAGACCAAGUACCAGGAAUGACCGCAGCAGGUAGUCACCUUAUGGACGGCAUGUCUCGUCACCCACCUCCCCUUAAUCUUAUCCCACCAACGCCACUAAAAGCCAACAACAACACUGCUCUGCAUGGCACCCAAGGCAGCCAGGCAUUUACCACGGCAUCGAGUCAACAAUUGGACUUGAGCUACUACCCCACCAAUGGCACUCAAGGGCAGUUCCCGGAAGAGGAUUUCGACACCAUUGAUCAUGAGUCGGGUGGACUGGAGCAAUCCUUGACUGGGCGGAGGUCAUCAGAGGCCAAUGGGAAACUUGAAGAAGGGUUUACGCUGCUCGAUCACAUUUUCAACGACUUGACCAAGUCUACCAUGAUGCCCACUAACCAGGUUAUCAACACAUACCUGAAGAGUCGUGGACAGGAGGUUCACAGCGUAAAUUAUUGGAAUGUCUAUGCCAACUACUUCAAGGCAUACAAAGAGCGAGAGCUUGCGCGGCUCAACACAGGAGGGCCUCAGAACGAUAAAGGUAAAGGCAAAGAGACUCAAAACGUAGAGCUUCACAGUACGCCAGGUACGGCUGUGCGAAGGCUAUGCUACGAAAAAUUCAAGGGGGCGUUCCCAGACGACUACCAGGAUAUUCUAAGUGCAUACAAUGAAGCAAAUCACAUAGGCUCGGCUUCCACUCUGAAUCAACGUCAACAAUCAUUCCAAAAGCUCUACAGACGAGUGGCAACCUUGCUCGAUUCCGCUUCAACAAGGUUUGGGUUCGAAGCCGCCAUUGUCUUGUGUGGCAAUGUCGUCAACCAGGAUGCCUCUCUGGGUCAUGUACACAUGACGCAGGCUGCUGCAGGGUUCUUUGAGACACGCUGCCGUGCCAACGAUGAUACCAUAAUUGGACAUCUGAAGGCUCAUGUAUUUAAUGCAACAUCACGCUCAGUGGUUGAAGAUGCGUUCCACGAGGGUGAAGACGACAUCUGUGACAGAGAUGCUUCGCCGUCCUUGAAGGAUGACGUGUCUGAUAUUCAAGUUAUUGGAGAUCCGCUCAAGUGGCUCAAGCAGGAACUCACCCGACAAGUUGACAAUCUCAAUGGGAAGUUCGCCUCUUUUAAGAACUUCCCAUGGAUCAUGAUGCCCAGUGCGCUCGCCAACAAGAACCUUUGCAUCAAGGGAUAUCCGGCACACAAAUGUCUGUUGCCUGGGGAAUACCACAACAUGAAUUCGAAGAGCAAGGGUAUCAGAGGGCUGACCCAGAAGGAAGUCGGUAUAAUUGUAGAGGCUCUGAAGGCGGGAAUGAUGUUUGUGGAGAAGAUCCCAAAAGCAUCACGAGCGGCGCUGAUUGCAUCAGAAAUCCCUGUAAUCACUGGUGAAGCACCUCCUUCAGAUCACCCUCAUGCUGGUGCCCAACAAAUGUUCGCCAACCGCCACACAGACUAUAAUGGGCCUUCUCGUGUGAAGACCAGCGCUGCGACUACCAAAGUCAAGAGGGCUCGAAACACCCGCAAAACACCCUCGACUUCUCAGCAACAGGAAUCUACUGGUGCCACUGGACUUCUACUACCAAAGCCUCCUCCCUCAUGCCCAUUUAUAGUGUUUCCUAGGCCUCCACAUGCUCUUCCAAAGCUUCCUCCAAAGCCUCUUCCAAAGCCUUCGUCAACUGAGGUGAUCGAGUUUCCCACGUCCGAGUCCAAAGAUAAGUCUCGUGAGAUGGCACCUGAAACAGAAUUCGAAGAUGCAUCCCAGGGGGAAAAGAGGAAGGUGGCGGAUAGUAGGCCAUAUCGAGAGUCAAAGAGGCGUGCGUCAUCUGCUGAGGUUUCAGUGGAGCCGAAUACGAGGAAGAAACGUGUGAAGGCAAAGACUAAGGGAAGGGUCAAGGAGAAGGCAAAGCCAUUGCCUGCUCCAGAGGUACCUCCCUUGAAAGGCGGUCCCAUGUCGCCUCUGACUAUAUCAUCUUCGAGUGACGAGCCACUUGUGGGUGCAGGGACAUCUCGACUCCAGCAUGCCAAGAGGCUUCGAGAUGGCCCCAUCAAACCACGCCCCAUCGUUCCAGGAUCUCGGCGGAUUCUGAGCCAUACACAUUGCAUGAUGUAUGGUGAUGAGUCGAAAGAGGGUGACGACGAUGUCGUCAAACAGGUCACCAAGCAGGCUGCAGAUGGUCCUGUCAUACCACCUCCUCAGCCAAACGUGCAGCAGCCGAUAGACAAGAAGGACUCAUCGGAUGGGAUUGCCGGUCAACAAACUCCAGUGCAGUCACCAAUUCCUCAGCCUGGACCAUCUGAAGAAGAUUCGUGCCAAGUUCUUCGUCCUCCAAGUGAGCCUGUUGGUCGCCCACCUGAAUCUAACAACACUCCUCAGCACAUUCCUGAGCCUAACGAGCCUCCCAUGCGCCUCUCCAGGGAUACCAGCAGUGACCCUCCUCAGCCUAAUGAGCCUCCCAUGUGCCUCUCCAGAGACACCAGCAGCGACCCUCCUUGCCUCGUUCCUGAGCCUCCCGUGCAUCUCUCCAGAGCCACCAUCCGGAACCCUCCUGAUCAUGACCAGCGUGUACCUCAUGUGCCCUUCACACGUAAUCUCCCACCAGCAGAGCCUCAGCACCUAGAGUCCCGCGAGCCUGUUGUUCACGCAACUGGCUGGCAUGAGCCUCCUGACCGUAGUUAUGAUACUUGGGAGACUAUGCGAAAUAAUAUUCAUGAUGGACCAGCAUAUCGCCCUCGCGACCCCAUUCAGUACAACAGUCGUGAUCAUGAUGGCCCUUACGCACGCGAGAUAUCUCCUUGGAACCGUGAUGGAGUCCUUCCACGGGAUGGAUUCUAUGGCCGAGGUGGACAUCCCCACGACAACUUCCAUCUUGCUCCUGCUGCUCCUAUGCACUUAAAUGAAGAACGUGAUCACACUCGUCCUGGUUAUCCCGGCCGCUAUAGCCCUGUUCCUGAUGUGUAUUCCUAUGAAGUUGACACAUGUCAGCGACAUGCUCACUACCAUGACAAUAUGGGAGGUGGAAGGGGGUAUCAGGAUAGACAAGGGCUAUGGAGGAGGCAUCAAGACUCGCGAGGGAUAGAUCGCGACACACCAUUUUCUGAUCCCCUUCGUGAUACCCCAGCCCCUCACAUUUAUACACACGAUGACGGUCAUCGUGACCGCAACCCAAUGUCUCGUGAACGUGAGCCUUAUUUGGACUCUAGACCCUCUGCAAAUGCUCAGCCUGGACCUUCCUUGUCUCAUGAACGUGAGCCUUCCUUGGACUACAGACCCUCACCAAACGCUCAGACUGCCUCUUCCUUGUCUCAUGAACGCGAGCCUCACUUGGAUCCUAGACCCUCUCCAAGUGCUCGGCCCAACUAA